UCCCUUAAAAGAUUCACAGAUUUUUAGUUUAAAAUACUGCACUCAUGUUAACUAAAACACAUUGAUAAAAUAAAUACUACAAAGACCGAGUUUGUUUUCUCUUAUUGUUAAUAAAGUUGUUAAAUGUAACUUGACUACAGUAAUGUGUCUCCGGGAGAUGUAGUCCAAUUACUAUUUACCUUCAUAGCAUGACGGGAGAUGUAGUCCUACCCUUCGGGAAGUCAGCUAACAGCCCCUCUGUUGCAGUGAUGGCGGAGGGCAGGAGCGGAGACGAUGUCGUGUCAGAGUUUCUCCAGCAGAACCCUCACCUGGCGCAGUGGGUGGAGUCUCUGGCAGGGGAGAGCGAGACAGAGAAGCAGUGGAACGCCCGACGGGAGUUCAUCCUCCGUAACAUGGAGGGCUUUCCCACCAUCCAGCCAGGCAGCCCCAGCCCCAGCCUGGACCGGCUGAUCUCGCUCUCCAUGGCCUGGGCUAACCACAUCUUCCUGGGCUGCCGGUACCCCCAGCCAGUGAUGGACAAGAUAACCGAGAUGGCAGAAGGGAUUGCAGUCCAGAACGCUCCGACCCACAAGACUAGAGACGAGAUAAUGGGCAUGAGUAAAGAUGCCUCCAAGAAGCCGAAACCAGGAGUUGGUUACAGAGCAAAAACUGGGCCUACACUACAGGCCCCCAAGGAGCACCAGCCUUUCUUCAACCGGCUGUACAAGGCAAUUGCCUGGAAGCUGGUGUCAGCAGGGGGGUUCGGGCCGAACAUAGACCACUUUGAGAUCCUGCGGACCUGCGUGGAGUCUGCCAAGGCCAGCCUGGGCUGUGUUUUUGUGCCCCUGAAGGAUAUCCCAGACCUGCCAGCAGGUCGGGCCCAGCAGGGGGGGCUGGUGUGUGAGCUGCGCUGUCAAACUGUGUACCUGGGCACCGGCUACGGGCGUGGAGAGGACAGUGCCAGGGCCAUGGCAGCCAAAGAGGCUCUGAAGCUCUUCCAGAGCCGCAAGGUCACAGUAAAGAUCUUCCGCCGGAAGUACAGUGGCCGUGAUGUUGAGGAUUUAGUGCUGCACGACGACCAAAUGAGGAACUCUAGUUUUCCCCCUGCGCUGAGCUACCCCUUUGAUCCAGAGUAGCAACAGCUGCAGAAUCCAGUCCUUUGGAACAGCAGGAAACACACACACGCCUACCUAGAGUUACAAAGAGCAUACAGGCUCUUCCCUGGGUCUCACUUACCCUUAUGAGGCACAGCAACUGAAUACAAGGCAUUUGGUAAUGCUUUGUAACUCUUCUUGAUCCUCUUUAGAUUUUCCCAGGUUCUAGUUUCAGCCAGGUUGUAUAUCUUGCCAUCUAUUGCACACAGAACACUUACAGCAGACUAGGAGAAGGCAGAGAGUUUUGAUUUCACAUUCCCUUUAACUGAAAUAAUGCAGUCAUCAGGAAGUGUAAAUCAACAAAUAGUACUAAAGUGAAAGUCUCGGUUAAAACGUAAUGCCUUCCUGUUUACCAGUGGAAAGUGUAAUGAAGACUGCAGUCGGCUCUUAGUCCUUUACUGGACAACUUUUAAUACUCAUGACCGCCGUGAAGUAUUAAGUGAUAUUUCAGCGCCAACAUCGUAGGAAAGUUUCCCCAGCUUAUCUUAACAUGUAAAUAACAAGAAACUUGCUAUAGUUUUAUUGUUAAUGUAAAAGUGAAGACAGUUUAAGUUUUAACUGAAUGGGAGGGAAUGUUUAAAAUCAGAGAAAUGUAAAGUUGUGUGUUUUUUUUUCUUUUAAUCAAAAUUGGCAUCUGUCAUUUGGGAUAAGCGACAUCACCCCCAUUUGGUGCAUCAGAAUUGUUUUGUUCUAGCUUAAAUGUUUCAGUAAGACUUCUAGUUAAUUUUGAGUGAGUUUAAGAAAAAACAACUUUCAGUGUGAAUGUAUUUAUUUUACAUUUUUAUUUUUUAUUUACGUAUUUAAAUGAAUCCUCCAGAUUUGUUUCUGUUUGGGUACACACUUGAACAGAUUUUCAAGAAAGUUGGACCAGUUUUAGCAGAGCACACUAAUCGGAAGCAGCCAUCAGUGUGUGUACCGCUCUUUCAUUUUAAAAUAAAAGGUGUGAUAAAAGUUUGAGGAGUUGUGUUCAAGCAUGCUUGGGCUGCAUGUUUACCAAGGUACACGAGUUCAGCUUCGGGUUAUAUAGGGAAGAUUUGCCAGUUCUAAAAUAAAAAAAAAAUAAAAAAAAUGAUUAAAGUUUCUGUCUGUUGAUUUUUUAUAUAUAUAUAUAUAUGUGUGUGUGUGUGUAUGUAUAUGUGGGUGGGUGGCUCUUUGAUGUUUUUGGUUAUUACUAAAGAAAACUUAUUUUGUAACCAAUCUGAUAGGAUGGCUUUCAUCAAACUACCUUUGUAGAAGUUAUAAAGGCAGCAAAACUGGAUGCAUUCUCCUAAUAAAUGCGUUUAAAGUUGUCACUUUAUGAGACCUUUUGAACCCCAGCUCAUUAAAUUCACUUAAGGUGACAGGAGACGUGUUGCUGUCCCUUGGCAUGAUCUUUUAGCUUUCUGAUGGGAGAUAGAGCUGUCCAAUCCUGUUAAUGUUACUGAGAGCUGUCGGGCUGUUCCUUUGUGCUGGCAGCUGAUAUUAAGAGUGAUGUCUUUUUCGGACCAUCACAGAGCUGAGAUUGUUUUUAAAAUAUUGCUAUUAAUGAACAGAAUGAAGUCCAGCAGCAGUUAAUGUUUCAUUCUGUAGUAACUGCAUGCACAAGGUGACAAGUCAGAUGGUAAUUCCUUGGUACUGUUGAGCAGAAAUAUAUUCAGCAGCAGAGUGAUGGAAGCUGGCAGGUGGCAGCAUCAGCUGAUGGGCAACAUAUUGGUAUUCAUGUUGUUACACACAGGGUUCAAAAUACCUGUUGAGUUAUUAAUGGGUGUUUCACAGCAGCAUUUCAAGGUAUAGUCACUCUGUUGACUAACUUUGAAUUAAGCUUGUAAUGGAUCUGUGGUGUACCUUCACUCUCUAGCAAUUCCCAGCAUUUUCUUCUGCAGUUCUUAUUAUCAGAGGAAGAGCCCUGACCCACUUUAGUUUGUAUAAUGUUUGUCAAAUAAAAUAAAUCAUCUUUCAAA